AUUCGUAUCGUGCACGGUGCAAUGUGCGUUAAGCACUAAUUCAAAUGGAAAAUGUCAAACAAAAAUGUAACAGAGGCCUUUAUUCAUUUUGUCAAAUCUUUACCAAAAAAGCUACCAGCGAAACCUGUGAGUGGAACGGUUUCAACCUGGAUGUAUCAUAAAAAUAAACAAUAUGAGGAUAUUGUUGGUCUUUCAGAAGUAAAAGCAGCACAGCAACGAGUUUUGCAGUCAGAAAACAAAUUUAUUAAGUCUCAAGAAGACAGAAGAGAUGUACAAAGGAAAUUAAGUUUUGUGCAGCAGAAGUUACAUGAGCUACAUAUGGAAUUAGAUCGCGUUCCUAGAGGAGAUGACAAAUAUCUUGCACUUAUUACCCAGGAGCACUCGGUAAUGAAAGAAGAAAAAUAUUUAAAAGAAGAAGUUCAGCAACUAGAAAAAGAAGAAAGAGAAAACUUCGCUAUCUUGUCACAUACUGUGAGGGACUCGCAUGAGAAAGAAAGAGCCCAAGCUGAGAAAACUAAGUAUUGGUCAAUUAUAGGAUCAGUUUUAGGUACCAUUGUAGGUGUCUUUGGAACCACAGUCAAUAAUCGUUUAAAAAUGAAGGAGCUCAGAGAUUUGGUGGAAAGUACCACCAAAAACAACCAGCUGCUUACUGACACAGAGGAAUUAUCAAAGCAAAUUACAUUGGCGAUACAGCAAAAUUCUCGUGCAUCACAAGGAGACAAGCUUCAAGAUUUUCCAGAAGGAAAAUGGAAGGAGCUAAAAGAUUCUUUGCUACAAUUGAUACAAGAUGAAUGUGAUAGCCAAAAAAACGUUAUUUUACAACUAAGCCGACAGUUAGAAACUUCGCUCUCUCCAGUGGAUGUAAAUAUUGGCGCAGUUACAAAGCCAUCUUUCGUAUCGCAGCAUGAUGUAGAAACUUUCUUUGAUCAGCAUACAAAGCAUAGUAAUCGGCUAUUUGCGAUUACUGUUAUUUUAAUUCCAACUUGCACUUGGGCGCUAUGCAAGCUCUUCAGUAUGUAACAUAAUAUGUUUAUUGUGACAGUAAAGUAAAAUGGCUGUAAUAGAAAUCUUUUUGGCUAUUU